ACCUGUUACACAUACACGUAGACACACAAUCUUACAUUUCCUGUAAUAGUUGCUUGGGGGAAAUAGUUUGUUGUUUAAGUCACCAGUCUUCUGUUUCAUAAUAACAUUGUCUCCAAAAUAAUCCACCGCCCUGAAGAUUCCUCAGAUGUUCUGCUGAGAGGUUGAGUGCCGGUUUCUGGGUGUGAAAAGGGAGCGCAUGGCUGAGUUUAUGUGUUUGUGUGUGAAGUUAUGUGCAAGACCGAGAGUAAAAAGAGAGAGAGCUUGUGUUCGUGUGACUGCCCUACAUGUGCAUGGGAGGGCACCUGCAGCUUUGAUACUCUCUGUCAUACUUUUGCACCGCCCCUAGGGCAAACUCAUGUUCUCACAGGACAACCUCAACAUCUUCUUGAAAGCCUGCGGCGUGGUCGGACUAAAUCAAGCCCAACUUUUCCACCCAGGAGACCUGCAAGACUUAUCUACACGUGUAACUGUCAAGCAUUCAGUGAUUAACCGAACACUUCUCCCCUACAGGCACCAGGAGAGCAGUAGGAGGCUCAAAAAUGUUCUGAUCACCUUAUAUUGGUUGAGCAGAAAGGCAUAUGCUGAUCCUUUUUAUAAUGGACCUUACCUAAAACUAAAAGCAUUUGAGGGAUUGCUUGGCAAAACACUACAUAAGGCACUAGAGGAUUACACAUCACUGCAGGGCAGUGCAAGAAACGGCUGGUACUCAGAGAAGGAAGAGCUCUUACCUCUUACUGGUCACAAGAGAGAAGACUCGCUAGACAGUCUCGACUCACUGGACUCAAGAACUUAUAGCACAUCCUCAGACACUAUACUCAAAGGAAGCAGUGAGGGUUGUGGAAGUGACCCUGAAGCAGAUUUGAGCUUCACCAUGUCAGAGUCUAAAGAAUACCGGCGCUCUCUGGUCGUAACACCCAAGACCACCACUCAGUUCAACCAAUUCCUCCCGUCCAGGGACAAGCAGUCAGGCCAUGUUCCAGCACCGCUGCGUAAGAAACGAGUCGAGAGAAAUGACGACAACAGACAAAGCUGGGGUGCUCCAUUGUACACAGAUGAGGACGGCAAUUUUGCUAGCCAAGUGAGAGCAGGUUCAGACCCCUCCUCUGUCACCGACUUGAAAUCCCAGUCUCCUCACCUGUCUCGGGCUUAUGAUUACGAGAGCACUGAUUCGGAUGUGGAUCGACCAGAUCCCGACGUGGUUCUAGAUGACCUGGCUAGCCGUAGAUUUCACAGCCCCACCCCUCUUGCACCGACCAACUUUGCCAUACCCAUACACCCGCUGGGGGCAGCUGCUAUCCCACGUACCAACAGGCCACGCGUCACUGUCACUAAUGCGCCCCAACAGACGCUGACACGACUCAGCACUCAGUCGCAGACCUACACAAGGCCUGGAUCUGCUGGACUCUGCAUUUACGAUGACUCUGAGGAGGACGAUGACGAGUUCGGUUAUGCCGACCCUGUUCAGGAUGACCUUUAUGCCCGAAAAGUAGGCCUGACGCCUCAACCCUCUGCCAAUUUAUAUUUUGAUCAAUUUCUGCCCAAGUUCUGGACACAAGAGGAGGAUGCACACAUAAAGAAGAUUAAACUGGGUUCCCAGCGCCGGCCUUGGUAUAGAAAGAUCCAAGGAUUCAGGUCUGUUAGCCACCCGAGAUCAGGCUCUUCCUCAGAAGACUCAGAUGGUGACAUCAAUCCAUGGCACUCUCUUCCUUCUCUCUCUCGCACUCAAUCUGAGCCCCCUCCUUCUCACUCCCAUUCACCUGAAGGCCACACCCACUCCAGUCUCACCACCACUGCCAGUUCUCAAACACAACCCCUCAUGGUUGCUUAUCAAAGUGUUGGGCUGCCUAGAAUAGAGGCCCCUGAUUUCUGGCCCAGGCCGGAUCCCACCUCUGGCCCAAGACUCCUAAAAUGUGAAAAGCAUACCCUUCUCGGGCGUGAACACCCCAAUGACCCAUACAACGUUUCUGCAGACAUCCUGCCUGACUUGGAAAAUGACGAUAUGUUUACACGUCGUACCAAAACUUUUCAAUCCAGCGAUGACCUUGCCAAAUUGAAGUACGGUCAUUUCCUGGUCCCCCGUCGCAGACCCGCGACGGACGUUACUGUGGUAACACCCCACCGUGAAGGAGAACCUGUUUACCCUGACAUAGAAAAAGAUGACGUGGUUUUUCGAAGGGUUCAACAGCAAAUACAUCAACGGCCUCUGUCUGGGGCCCCUGACAACUACCACCCCGUGCCCAUUCCAGAGCCAUGGACUUUACCACCUAAACUGCAGGCCAAGCUGAUGUGCGCCCCAUAUGAACCCACACAAAGACAACCCAAGCCUGCUACUAAACCGGAAGUACAAUUGAAAACAGAUGACAUGCUCCUCAGGAAGUUAAAAGCUUUAAAUACACAAGGAAUUGCAAAUCCUGGUGCGAGUCAGAAUGUAGCGGUUACUCAAAAGGGUCCCAGUUUUCCUUCAUCCUGCAGUGAGGAAGACCUACAGAAAUGGCAAGCCAUCAGAGAGGCCAGUCGUGUGAGAUACAGGAAGAGGCUGAUGGUGGAGAGACUGCUUCAGGAAACCUCUAGUACUGAUGGAAGCCAGUCAGUGAGUGACAUCACAGAGCAGAUGAACCUGAGCAACUUGAGCAGGGAGUUGCGCUUUGAAGAGCUGAGAAAGAUGCGUGAACAGAUGAAAGAGAACGAGGAGCAGUGGCAGGACGAUCUCUCGAGGUGGAAGAACAAACGCAGGAGUGUGAAUUCUGAUAUUGUGAAGAAAAAAGAGGAGAGAGACCAGAUUGACCAGAUCACUUCAACCAGCAGCUCCAGGAGAUCAAAGACCUUUAGUGAAAUGCAGGAUGAGAGAGAGAGCCGAGGUCAAAGCAACCGGAACAGCUUUAAUUUCAGCAGCGAUGAUGUCUUUGAAGAACCCGUACCAAGAAGGAGAACACUGCAGCAACGCAGCUACACCAUUGACACCCCUUACGCCCCUACAGACAAACCUUCAGCGCCCUCUGUGCCAUCUCUGAUGGAAGAGGAACCUGUUGCGGGCACCCUGGCAUCAGACCAGACCGAUUUACCUACCAAACGUGAUUACUCCAGCACACGUAACACGACGAACAGUGUUCAGGAAAGCCAAACAACUACCCGAAGCCUUCUGGAUGAUCCGGCACCAGUUAUCUCCGGCAGCAACACCAGCCUGCUCAAGCCCAUCAGCCCCAUCAAACCCACCAGCGAGAGUAAACGCAGCACUACCAGCACCGUUCUCAACAGCUCUCAACAGUCGAAGUCAAUUAACAGCACUACGCCGGUUGAGACCAACAGCAGCUCCAUUAGCUUUGUGAGUAAGACCAGUUCAAUGGAGACAAAGCAGCCUGGGAGCGAUCGGGUUUCUGCCUUCCUCCCCAAGAGCUACCAGAGAUCAGAUAGCUCCAGACUCACCUCUGUAGUCACGCCCAGACCGUUCGGCACACAAGCCAACCGAGUCACCUCUCUUCCAAGAACAUUUAUGGUGGAGGACUCUCAUAAGCGCAUGAAUGGAGAGAAAGACAGCCUCAAGAAACCUGCAGUUCCCAGCCGAUAUGCUCAGUUUGCUACAGAGGAUGAAAAUCUCUCCCAGGGCAGCCCUGUGCAAAGCAGUAAUGAAGAGGAGGAAGAGGAGAGAUCAGCUGCUCAGACGCCCUCUCCUGUCCCUCCAGUCAACAGAGUAACUCCUCUCAGCCCUCCCAAUGAGGUACGACAGGGGGACUACAGUGAUAUGAGGAUCAGUCUGAACCAGAAACCCAACAGCAGCCAGGAUUUCGGCCUACAGACCAACUGGGACUCCACAGGGGUCCGUGUGCAAUCCGUGGUUCCAGGCAGUCCAGCAGAGCACUGUCAGGUGAAGGUUGGAGAUGAGGUCCUUACAGUGAACGGGCACAGGGUGGCAGACAUGAGCUAUAAUGAGUGGAAGAACAGUAUGGAUGAGGCUCUGAAGCAGGGUGCUUUGCUCAUGGAUGUCCGCAGACAAGGCAGGAAUUCAUGGGGCAGAGACCAGCCUUCCCUUCCAUUUAAAAGCCAUAAGACCAUCAAUCUGACCAGUCUGGAUCCUUUAGGUUCUUCUGAGAAACGUCUCAGUGCCAACUUGGAUUUCACAUCCCACCAAAAAGACACCAUUGUGAAAACUGUGAACGUCAGCUCUCAGUCUGCCAAUAAUUAUGGUUCAAAUGGGAUGAAUGGAGGUUUCAGUGAGGACUCUGAAACGGUGAAUAAUAAAGAAUCCAUUUCUUUGAAAAACUUAAAAAGGAGAUCAGAGUUUUUUGAACAAGGCUCGGCAGGGCUGUCAGUCAGUUCUCUGGUCUACCUCUGUGGUGGUUCUGAAACAGCGACAUCAAAUCUUCCCAUGCCUUCCAUCACUACGUCCUCCACCCGCUGGUCCUUGGACCCAGAGGAUGAGCGCAGACGACAGGAGAAGUGGCAGAAAGAACAGGAGCGCUUGCUGCAGGAAAAAUACAAAAAAGACCAAGAAAAGCUUGAGGAGGAGUGGAAAAAGGCCCAGAAAGACUUUACGUCAAACUCCAAAAACGAGAAGUAUGAAACUGAAGUGCAAGAGGCCUCCAGACUGGCCCAGGAGGAAGAGAGGAAGAGAAGAGAUCAGGAGAGGCAGCAUUUAGAGGAAGAGAGAAGGAAAAGAGAAGAACAACAGCGCCUUGAGCAAGAGAGAAAGAAGAGAGAAGAGGAAGUGCGCCUCCGUCAGGAAGCAGAGAGGAAAAGAAGAGAAGCGGAGAGGAGGCAGCAGGAGGAGCAAGAUAAGGUGGACACCUUUGGCUAUACCAAUGCUUACCGUGAAUUAUCCUACUCGCACAGGUCUUUGUCCAAAUCUACUCCAGAGCUUGAUGAGGCAAAACCAGAUAUUAAAGGUGUGUAUAGCAGGCACAGGGGUCUGGCAUCAUGGCUGCUGGAGGAGGAAUUGAGACGUAAGAAAAACCGUCAGCUGACAGCAAGUGAGCUAGAGCUCGAGAGAAGGAACAUCGUAAAUGCCAUGAAAUACAGAAACCCGGAGAGAGCUGGCAGUCUCAGCGAGGUCGGGAAGGACUAUAAGAAAGAGCCCCAGUCUUAUGCUGAGGUGGAAAGGCAACAGAUCAUACAGGAGAUGAAGAAGAAGACUCCCCUGAACACAGACAGCAGCUGGAUUCGCCAACAGAGCCUUUCUAGCAACACCGCUAAACAACCCGCCAAUCUGCCAAUGAGGAGGGGCGAGUCUCUUGACAAUCUCGAUGUGCCUUGUUCUUCCUGGAGAUCAUCGUGGGCACCUGGUAGCACUUCGUCCAUACCAGACUACAGCCGGCCUUACUCAGCUCUCUCUAGUUCUUCGUCAAAUCAUAGUGGACGCCCGGGAUCUGCCGCUUUUCAGACAUCUCAGUCCAUGAGCUCCUUCAGACAAUCCUGGUCUCCAUCUACACCCCCUACAGCUACUUCACCAGAUCCAGAGUCUAAAGCUCCACUACGAAAUAAGUCAGUGAGCGGCAGAAAAAUCUGUUCGUUCUGUAAUACACCACUGGGCAAAGGAGCAGCCAUGAUCAUCGAGUCCCUGGGGCUCUGUUUUCAUUUGACUUGUUUUAAGUGCAUUGGCUGCAAGUCUGAAUUGGGGGGCUCAGAAGCCGGAGCCGAGGUCAGAAUACGAAACCAACAACUCUAUUGUAACACCUGCUACAUGCGACUCAAAACUGGGCAGCCCACCGCCAUGUGACCACACUGUAUUGCAUCAGAUUGAGGAGGAACCAAUCACAGAUCAGGAACUGUGAACACAACAACUCGGAGGAGAAGUGAUGAACAUUGGGUGAUUUAGCCAACCAUGAUUAUUCAAUGAGCUUCUAUUCUUCCUUUUGUACUGAGUGGAUGCAAUUCCUAAGCUUAAGUUUAUGCAAAAGUAUUAGCAAUGGUUUGUACAACUGGGAUGUGCAUGAACCUGAAAAUUAACCUCAAACUACAGUAUGCAUUUAAAAAGAUCAUUCAUACACUGUCUUUUUCAAUUCUGAUAGAUUUGACUUAUCUGAUAUCUGUAUGGUCCUAGAAAUGUUUAUAGUGAAAUAAUAGACGUAUACUAUUUUAUUGUCAUUGCUUAUGUAGAUUUCCCCUGCAGUCUUGGCUAUGUAAGGAUUUGCUGAGUAAAAUAUUCUCUCAUUUCACUUAUCAUUUGUGUGCCUUUUUGUGUUCUGAUUGUGGGAAAGAUGAUUAAGGAGAAACCAUUAAGAAUUCAUGUAAAAGUGGCAUGGUUAGUAGGCAGCACUUAUGAGUUAUAUUCUUUCAUGGGAAGCAUCUAUUCUGUGUGUCUGAGCAAGUCCCUUAGAGGGAAAAGCAAAAUAUUCAGCAAUAAUUGUAAACAAAUAAAAGCCAAAACAUAA